AGGAGGGGUAAGAAAGAGAGAGAGAGAAUUGAGGUGUAAGAGAGAGAGAGGGAGGGAGAGAGAGAAAGGAGGGGUAAAUGGGUGGCUGAGAGGAACUGAGAGGAACUUCAGGAGAGCUGGGAAAAGUUCCUCUGCUUGGAGCGCCUCUGCUUCUUUUUUCCUUUUUUCCUUCGGACUUACAAAAAAACCUCCAGAGCCAAAGACGAAGAAAGAAGCUUCCCAGAAACGAGGAGAAAGAAGAAGAAAGUGAAAGUGGGCCCUUUGAUGUCGGCCGCAUGGAAGGCCGGGGAAGAACGGGGCGCCGCUGAACGUUCGACGGGACCCCGAAGGUUCGACUCUCGGAGGGACUUAGUCCGAAGGCUCCACCGGCCAGGAGGCUCGCGAUUGGCCGGAUCCAGAGGAAGCUCCUUUCUCACUGGUGGCGGCGCGCCCCACUUGCCCCCAUUCCCUCUUUGGGGCUGCUGCCCCCUUCUGGCCGGGGCAGGCAAGCUCCUCUAGAGUUUGGGAGGCUCCAACUCCAACAGAAUCCUUGAACCAUUAGCAGACUGACUGGGAACUAGAGGCCCAGAACAUCUGGGGGCCCAAAGGUUGAGGACCACCACUCCAAGACACCUUUCCAGAUGUUCUCCACUCCAUCUCCCCGGGUCCCUGACUCUUAAGCCAAGCUGGCCGGGGAUCCUGGGAGUUGCAGUCCCCAACCGCUGGAGGCGUGAAGCGUCGGGGAAGCAGGGCCUCAACCAUGUCCCUGCUGCCCACCUUCGGCUUCACCCAGGAGCAAGUGGCCUGCGUCUGCGAGGUGCUCCAGCAAGGAGGCAACAUCGAGCGGCUGGGCCGCUUCCUCUGGUCGCUGCCGGCCUGCGAGCACCUCCACAAGAACGAGAGCGUCCUCAAGGCCAAGGCGGUGGUGGCCUUCCACCGGGGCAACUUCCGCGAGCUCUACAAGAUCCUGGAGAGCCACCAGUUCUCGGCCCACAACCACCCCAAGCUCCAGCAGCUCUGGCUCAAGGCCCACUACAUCGAGGCCGAGAAGCUGCGAGGCAGGCCCCUGGGGGCGGUGGGCAAGUACCGGGUGCGGCGCAAGUUCCCGCUGCCCCGCUCCAUCUGGGACGGCGAGGAGACCAGCUACUGCUUCAAGGAGAAGAGCCGCAGCGUCCUCCGGGAAUGGUACGCCCACAACCCCUACCCCUCGCCCCGGGAGAAGCGGGAGCUGGCCGAGGCCACCGGGCUGACCACCACCCAGGUCAGCAACUGGUUCAAGAACCGGAGGCAGAGGGACCGCGCCGCCGAGGCCAAGGAAAGGUACGAGGAGAACAAUGAAAAUUCCAGCUCCAAUGGCCACAACCCACUUUCCUCUUCCUUGAACGGCAACAAAGCAGUCUUGGGCAGCUCUGAAGACGAGAAGACCCCCUCGGGGACACCGGAUCACUCUUCCUCCAGUCCAGCUUUGCUGCUGAAUUCGAACCCAGGAUUGCAGCCUCUCCACAGCUUGGGCCAUCCCCAGGGCCCUAGUGCCAUUCCGGUGCCCAGUGCGGACCCUCUGCAUCAUCACAGUUUGCAAGACUCCAUCCUCAACUCCAUGUCCUCUAACCUGGUCGACCUUGGCUCUUAAGAAAGAAAGAAAUUAAAACCCAGAACAUGAACUCAACCUGCUUGUGGCAUCAGACCAUAGACUCCUAACCAGGCUUCCCAGUCACUCAGCUGUCUUCUUUUAAAAACAACAAGAACAGAAAUACCUAGUAUCCAAAAUGUGGAAAGAGAUGGCAAAUUCUUUUUCAAAGGGACUUCUUGCCUUGCCUUGAAUCUGUCUGUUGACUUAUGAGGAGGUUCAAUAAGUAAACUGCAGACCUCUUUGUGAGACAUUUGGGAGACUUAGCAGGAUUUGGCCUAGCUGGUUGCAGAGAAAUGGGGGACUUCUCUUUACUAUAUGUAAAAGGCAAGUUGGGGGUGGCUCAAGAGGUCAAUCCAGAAACUACUAUGGGAGGAAGAGGGCUACCAGCUUCAGAAUUCACUAGCCUUUUGGCACUGGAUGGGAUCCAGUCUUCAGGUGGCCAGCUUCUUAAUUGACUUGUGUAGCUAUGCUUCAGUGUGAUGUGCAGGUAUCAGAAAGUGAAACUUUUCAGGACGUGAGACUAAGAACCUUUUCACACUACACAAUGAUGGCACUAUGAAUCCAUUUUAAAAUUGCAUGCAACAGAAUCCUGGCAUUUGUAGUUUGGUGAGGCACUAGAUCUCUCUGGCUAAUACUAAAUGUCCUUUACUAAACGGCAAGUCCCAGGAUUCCAUAGCAUGGAGCCAUAGCAGUUAAAGUAGUGUGAAAGGGCCCUAAAGGUCAGGGCUUUUUUUUUCCAGCCCUCAACCCCUCCAUUCUACCCAGACUGACAUGUUUCUUGCAAAAAGGUGCUGGGAGGAGGAGGAGAGGAAAGAAAGAAAGAAGAAAAGGAGGCAGGGAAGGGGAAAAAGAGGUUGUAUGUCUGUCUUGGAAGCCUCCAUGUAUAAUGACUUU